GACCGGCGCCGGCGCGCGGGACUCUGCGUGAGGCGAGCGCCGGGGCUCCCGGAGCGGAUCCCUACCUGUUUCAAGGACCUGCCAGUCUGAGAAGCUUCUUGUCAUAAGGCCAUCCAGGGGCCACCCACCCCUACGUUGCCAGCCUCCAGCAUGCAGGAUACCGUAACGACAUCAGCAUUGUUGGACCCCAGCCACUCCUCAGUCUCCACCCAGGACAAGUCCUCCACUGGAGGACACACUUCAAGCACAAGCCCACAGCUCUCAAAGCCUUCAAUCACACCAGUCCCUGCAAAGUCCAGGAACCCACAUCCCAGGGCCAAUAUCCGUCGGAUGCGCCGGAUCAUUGCUGAGGAUCCUGAGUGGUCACUGGCCAUCGUGCCCCUCCUCACAGAGCUCUGCAUUCAGCACAUUAUCAGGAACUUCCAGAAAAACCCUAUCCUGAAGCAGAUGCUCCCGGAACACCAGCAGAAGGUCCUGAACCACCUGUCCCCUGACCUACCACUGGCUGUGACCGCCAACCUGAUAGACAAUGAGAACUACUGGCUCCGCUGCUGCAUGCAUCGCUGGCCCGUGUGCCACGUGGCCCACCAUGGCGGCAGCUGGAAACGCAUGUUCUUUGAGCGGCACCUGGAGAACCUGCUAAAGCACUUUAUCCCAGGCACCACAGACCCUGCGGUGAUCCUCGACCUGCUGCCGCUCUGCCGGAAUUACGUGCGCAGGGUCCACGUCGAUCAGUUCCUUCCGCCGGUGCAGCUCCCAGCCCAGCUCCGGCCGGGCGACCAGUCCGACUCAGGCAGUGAGGGAGAGAUGGAGGAGCCCACCGUUGACCACUACCAACUGGGCGAUCUGGUAGCUGGCCUGAGCCACCUGGAGGAGCUGGACCUGGUGUAUGAUGUCAAGGACUGCGGCAUGAAUUUCGAGUGGAAUCUCUUCCUCUUCACCUACCGCGACUGCCUCUCCUUGGCAGCCGCCAUCAAGGCAUGCCACACCCUCAAGAUCUUCAAGCUGACCCGAAGCAAGGUGGAUGAUGACAAGGCACGCAUCAUAAUUCGAAGCCUUCUGCACCACCCAGUCCUCGAGGAGCUGGACUUGUCACAAAACCUCAUUGGGGACCGUGGUGCACGAGGUGCAGCCAAGCUGCUGAGCCACAGCCGCCUGCGUGUGCUCAACCUGGCUAACAACCAGGUGCGUGCACCCGGUGCCCAGUCCCUGGCUCACGCUCUGGCACACAACACCAACCUCAUUUCCCUCAACCUACGUCUCAACUGCAUCGAGGAUGAGGGUGGCCAGGCUCUUGCCCAUGCCUUGCAGACCAACAAGUGCCUCACCACACUGCACCUCGGUGGCAAUGAGCUGUCUGAGCCCACCGCCACACUCCUGUCACAGGUGCUCGCCAUCAACACCACACUCACCAGCAUCAACCUGUCCUGCAACCACAUCGGGCUGGACGGUGGGAAGCAGCUCCUGGAAGGCAUGUCAGACAACAAGACCCUCCUGGAAUUUGACUUGCGCCUGUCAGAUGUGGCCCAGGAAAGCGAGUACCUCAUUGGCCAGGCCCUCUACGCAAACCGAGAAGCAGCCCGCCAGCGGGCCUUGAAUCCCAGCCACUUCAUGUCAACCAUCACUGCCAAUGGCCCUGAGAACUCUGUGGGAUAAAAUGACCUGACUUGGAUCAUGGCCCCAGCCCCAUCCCUCAUUUCAUACCCCUGCCAUGCCUGCUGCAGAGUAUCACACUGGUUCAGAGGGAGCGGGGAGGGGGACUGUGAAUAACCUUGGAGUGAUCAAGGGUUGUAUGGAUGGAGACAUGAGGCAGGGAAGGGAGCCUGGCAUGGGGGAAGAAAGGGUAUGCAGUAGGGACCCAGCCUUUGUGCCCAGGGAAAGGAUAUUACUGGACACCCACAAAUGACCAACUUCUUUCAGGAAUAGGGAAGUCAGAGAGGUGUCUGAGGGACUGUGCCUGCCAGAUUCUCCCGUGGGGGCUGCCUGCCUCCCUGACUCCCCACCAUUUUCUUCUCUACCAAACAGAUCCUUGAUCUUCAAACACACACACACACACACACACACACACACACACACACACACACACACACACACCGGCUACAGCAGGGCUAUGCCUGGCUCUGCCACCCUCAUCCCUGUAGAUGCAUUUCCCUGUUGCUUGACUCUGCUUUAAGUGAUCCAGUUCUACAGGCCACGCCAUCCCCUAGUUCCCCAACUCCCAACCUGGGAAGGGGACAACGAGCUGACACCAGGGGCUCAGACCCAGUGGACUCCUCUGGGGAGGCAACUGUAGAUGAUGACUUCCAGGGAAGGAUGACACAAUCCCUGCCACCCACCCCAGAGAGCUUCCCUGGGAGGGAGGGAAAGAAGUGCCACACUGGGACAGGAAGUCAGUGAGUCAUCCACGACUUUAUUAUCCACCAGUUUGAUUUGUACAAUCUUUGCGCUUAAAUCCACGACAAAAAGGCCACAGUGUGAUGCACCCAAUUGACAGAGACCUGUCUUCUCCCUAGCCAGGCCCAGCCCACCCCACAAGCCCUUGUCCCCAGGACACAUGGAGCCUUCCAGGUGCCCUACAUGAGUCCCCAUCACUCUGUAGCUGUCCACCCUGGGGCCACACCUACAGGAAUCACAUCAGCCCCCAGGGCCACAUGAGACCUAGCUGACUGAUUCAGGCUGAGCGCCAUUGCCCAUCCUCCUUGGGCUGAUUCAUUGGCCCAGAGCCUCCAGAACUGUGUCCCCAAAGGGCAGGUCAUGGGCUACAACCCCAGUCCAGGAGUGCCUGCUCUCCAGGGACUCCUUCCGCUAAGCAGGCGCUGAGCAGAGCACCAAAGGGGGCUUGGGAGUGACUGCAUGUGUGUGCCUGUCUAGGCAACCUAGAGUCUGUCUGUGCCUGACACCCUCUGACAGUUCCGGAGUGCAAACAUGUAGGUGUGUGUGUGUGUGUGUGUGUGUGUGUGUGUGUGUGUAUAGCCACAGCUGCUAGCAGAAAUUCUAAUUAGAGAAACAAGAACAUUCAGUGUAAAGUUUAAUUUUAGAGAUUAAUUAGUUUUCUGAUUUUCAUUUUCCCUGGCAAUCAGUAAAGCUACCAAGAAAAUAGACCAAAGAA